CUAAUGUCUACGCGCUCACGGUCACGCGCGGACGUCACGCGCGUUCCCGUUCGAACAUUUGCUCAACAGCGACUCCUGGUCACAGUUGUCAAUAAGUCACCGGAAAGUAAACACCCAAGAAGCGUAACAAGAUAAGGUAACUUUCUAGGACAGAGCAACACCUUGAGCCUAUGUGGUGUCUAAUAUUUAUAGUUGAAGAUGUUGAGCUACAUGAUCAUCUGCUCUACACUUCUCAUGACUGCCGUAACGGUCCGAGCACAAUGUGAGAGACCUGAUGUUGGGGAAAACCAGAUUUUGACUGAAGACCAACAGACUUUUCCUGAUGGAUCCACUGUAACGUUCAAAUGUUCCACUGGUUAUAUUCCUGUGAAAUCAUCAGCUUCCAGAUCAAUCGCCUGUACUGGAUCCCAGUGGAGCGAACUCGAACUUCAAUGCAAAAAAAGAACCUGUGGAAGUCCUGGCGAGAUUCCCUAUGGAAAGUAUAUAUAUCAACCUACAGACAGAGUUUCGUUUGGUGUAACCAUCACAGCAGAGUGUAAUGAAGGUUAUAUGCUUGUUGGAACACAAACGAGAAAUUGCAGAGAAAAUGGCUGGGAUGGGAGAGCUCCUAUAUGUGAAGUGACGAAGUGUCCAAAGCCUACCGGUAUAACAGAUGGCACUUUUGAACCAGAGUAUGACUCAUAUGAUUAUGGACACGCAGUCAUAUACUCUUGUAACAGAGGUCUUGAUCUUAUUGGACUUCCAGUAUUAACCUGCUCUAGUGAUGGAACUUUUCAGCCUUCUCCUCCUCGGUGUCUGCUUGUGUCCUGUGAGAGACCGGAAAUCCCAAACGCAGUUAGAACUGAAGGAAAAUCACCACCUUAUAAAUAUAACAACUUUGUCCGCUACCGGUGUAAUAAAGGCUACAGAAUGAAUGGGUCUGAUUACCUGACCUGUACGGAAGAUGGGUGGAAUCCACCUCCUCCUCAGUGCAAUGUUAUUACGUGCCUAAAACCUCCUGAUAUAAAGGACGGAACAUUUAACCCCAAGAAGACGUUAUAUGAAUAUGGAGAAACAGUCACAUGGUCUUGUAAUCAAGGUUUUAGACUUGGUGGAGCUUCAACAAUAUCAUGUACUGAUGAUGGAACAUUUGAGACGUCUCCCCAAUGUCUGGCACAAUGUGAGAGACCUGAUUUUGGGGAAAACCGGAUUUUGACUGAAGACCAACAGACUUUUCCUGAUGGAUCCACUGUAACGUUCCAAUGUUCCACUGGUUAUAUUCCUGUGAAAUCAUCAGCUUCCAGAUCAAUCACCUGUACUGGAUCCCAGUGGAGCAAACUCGAACUUCAAUGCAAAAAAAGAACCUGUGGAAGUCCUGGCGAGAUUCCCAAUGGAAAGUAUAUAUAUCAACCUACAGACAGAGUUUCGUUUGGUGCAACCAUCACAGCAGAGUGUAAUGAAGGUUAUAUGCUUGUUGGAACACAAACGAGAAAUUGCAGAGAAAAUGGCUGGGAUGGGAGAGCUCCUAUAUGUGAAGUGACGAAGUGUCCAAAGCCUACCGGUAUAACAGAUGGCACUUUUGAACCAGAGUAUGACUCAUAUGAUUAUGGACACACAGUCACAUACUCUUGUAACAGAGGUCUUGAUCUUAUUGGACUUCCAGAAUUAACCUGCUCUAGUGAUGGAACUUUUCAGCCUUCUCCUCCUCGGUGUCUGCUUGUGUCCUGUGAGAGACCGGAAAUCCCAAACGCAGUUAGAAUUGAAGGAAAAUCACCACCUUAUAAAUAUAACAACUUUGUCCGCUACCGGUGUAAUAAAGGCUACAGAAUGAAUGGGUCUGAUUACCUGACCUGUACGGAAGAUGGGUGGAAUCCACCUCCUCCUCAGUGCAAUGUUAUUACGUGCCUAAAACCUCCUGAUAUAAACAAUGGAACAUUUAACCCCAAGAAGACGUUAUAUGAAUAUGGAGAAACAGUCACAUGGUCUUGUAAUCAAGGUUUUAGACUUGGUGGAGCUUCAACAAUAUCAUGUACUGAUGAUGGAACAUUUGAGACGUCUCCCCAAUGUCUGGCACAAUGUGAGAGACCUGAUGUUGGGGAAAACCGGAUUUUGACUGAAGACCAACAGACUUUUCCUGAUGGAUCCACUGUAACGUUCAAAUGUUCCACUGGUUAUAUUCCUGUGGAAUCAUCAGCUUCCAGAUCAAUCACCUGUACUGGAACCCAGUGGAGCGACCUCGAACUUCAAUGCAAAAAAAAAUCCUGUGGAAGUCCUGGCAAUAUUCCCAACGGAAAGUAUAUAUAUCAAUCUACAGACCUAAUUUUGUUUGGUGCAACCAUCACAGCAAAGUGUCAUGAAGGAUAUUUGCUUGUUGGUGAACCAACUAGAUAUUGCAGAGAAUAUGGUUGGGAUGGGAGAGCUCCUGUAUGUGAAGCGAUUAAGUGUCCAAAGCCUCCCGGUAUAACAGAUGGUACUUUUGAACCGGAGGAUGACUCAUAUGAUUAUGAUGAAGCAGUCACAUACUCUUGUAACAGAGGUCUUGAGCUUAUUGGACUUCCAGUAUUAACCUGCUCUAGUGAUGGAACUUUUCAGCCUUCUCCUCCUCGGUGUCUGCUUGUGUCCUGUGAGAGACCGGAAAUCCCAAACGCAGUUAGAAUUGAAGGAAAAUCACCACCUUAUAAAUAUAACAACUUUGUCCGCUACCGGUGUAAUAAAGGCUACAGAAUGAAUGGGUCUGAUUACCUGGUCUGUAAGGAAGAUGGGUGGAAUCCACCUCCUCCUCAGUGCAAUGCUAUUACGUGCCUAAAACCUCCUGACAUAAAGAAUGGAAUAUUUAACCCCCAGAAGGUGUUAUAUGAAUACAGAGAAACAGUCACAUGCUCUUGUAAUGAAAGUUUUAGACUUAUUGGAGCUUCAACAAUAUCAUGUACUGAUGAUGGAACAUUUGAGACGUCUCCCCAAUGUCUGAAGACCUGUGAUGAACCUCAAAUUAAAAAUGGAUAUGUUGAUCACACAUCAAAUCUUUUUGUAAAUCAAUCAUUUGUCCUGGUCCACUGUAACAUUGGAUACAAGACGGAAGGGUCUGAUUUCCUGACCUGUGAGGAUAAUAGAUGGAAUCCACCUCCUCCACAGUGCCACUUAAAUCAUUGGAUUUGGAUCAUUCCAAUACUUCUAGUAGUGCUGGUUUGUGUUCUUGUUUGUGGUGGUUGCUACUGCUGGAAGAAAAAGAAACAUAAAAAGACACAAUAUCUGUUCACAGGUUACUCAUGCUUGAGGCCUGUAACAGAAAUUUGGGGGCACCACUGGGAUCGGCAUCUGGCGAGAGUUGGUGCUGAUCCUUUAACCAACGAACCAGGCAGAUGUCGCAGGACCAGUACGGUGGAGUGGCAGGCGUGCAACUGAGGCAACUACGGGAACAGAGAUUGUGAGGGAACCCCAGCUGGAGGAAUGCAGUUUUGCUUGCUCAAGGUGACUGGACUCUGAGUCAUUGCUGGCCAAGGGACACGGC